AACCAAGGCAGCACGGCGCAUUACUCUGUCAUUAUCACAACCAACGUAAGGUACUCGCAUACCACAAACCUCAUUUGUCUUCUGUUUAGGUCAGCCAUUUGGCCCGGUCGAACCCUUCGAGCUUUCACGCGGGCACCAAGUUGGGCUCAGGAUUAGCGAUAUCUGUUUGACAAGUAUAACACGGCUAACACAGGAAGUAUAUCGCUUCAUUUGCUCGGACCAGUUUUCUAGCGAAACCGGGUCCUUCGCCACCAGCUCCAACACAGCGUUCAGAGUCAUGACAUAUCAUGAGAGCUCACAUUGAGCCUAGGCUGCCCUGAGGAGCGCUGCGUGGAUUGCGCACGAUGGCAGAGGCAGAGGGGGCCGCGCCAGAGCAAACACUGGACCAGGUCGAAGGGGACACAGCUCCUGAGCAGGCGGCCAGUGCUCAGCCGGAAUCAGAGACUGGUGACGGCGACGGCGCAGGCAGCGACGCAGCAGCUGCGGCAGCUGCCGAGCCCGAAGCAGCGGAGCCCGUACCAGCGGCGGAGACCGAUGCUGCAGGCGACCAACCAGACUCAGGAGCAGCCGGUGACGGCAGCGAGGCAGCAGAGGAGGCGCCUGCAGAGCCGGAGACCGCCGCCGCCGCUGCAGAACCUGAGGCUGCAGACAGCGCCGAUGACACGCCGGCUGCGCCCGUGAAGCCAGAGGCGGCCGAUGCGACGCCAGCAGAGGCUGAACCUCAAGCAGCGGCAGUAGACAACGGGGACGAAGCGGGGCCGGCAGAGCAGGCGCCUGCGCAGCCGGAAGCCGGAGAGCACCUGGGUGCGGCGGAGGCGGAGGCGGAGGCGGAGGCGGAGGCGGAGGCGGAGGCGGAGGCGGAGGCGGAGGCGGAAGCGGAGGCGGAGGCGGAGGCGGAGGCUGUGCCUCAGGCUGAAGCUGAAGUCACGGCACCGACAGAAGCAGCAGCAGCGAUAGAGCCGCAGCCAGCGGAGCCUGAGCCGCAGGCGGAAGGUGAGGGGGAUGCAGAUAUAGCUGAGGCAGCGGCUGCGGAGUCCCCGGAGGCGGCGGACGCGGCAGAAGCAGCGGAGCCUGCAGAAGCGGCAGAGCCCUCUGUGGCAGAGCCGGAGGUGGCAUCUGAGCCGGUCCCGGCCAGCGCUGGGGAACCCCAUCCAGAAGCAGCCGAUUCAGCCAUGGCAGAGUCUGAGCUGGCAACGGCAGCGCUGGCGGAGCCAUCAGCAACAGUGUUGGAGCCGGCAGCAGACGGGAACACGAACGCAGCCGGCGCGGCCGACGUCCCAGACGCAGGUCCAGCACCGGAGGAUGAGGCGCCGCCAGAGGCGCCGGCACCAGACACUGCUGGUGCACCACCCGCAGACACGGGCGCCGCAGAUGGAAACGUCGCUGCGGAACCACCGGGACCAGAAGGUUUGGCGGUGGGGGCUACGGAGGAGGGGACCGAAGCCGUGGCAGCGGCGGACGCAACCGCGGCUGCGGCUGCAGCUGCAGGUGCCGCCUCCGUCGCUGCCACUGAAGCCAAGCCGAAGGCAAAGCGUGGCCUGCCGGGGCCUCCGCCGCCUCCGGCUGCUGCCGCUGCCGCUGCCGCUGCCGCUGCUGCUGAGGCGGCCACCGAGGCGCCUGCCGCCGUCGCCGCUGCCGCAGCCAAGCCAGCAAAAGCAGCAUCGCAGCAGCGCCUGGCGCGUGCCAGCAAGACCGGCGACAACGCCGUCGCCGGCACCGACGCGGAGCGCCACCGUCUCGCCUCCUCCGCCUCCCCCACCAAGCCGCACCCAGGCCUCAAGUCCGGCGGCGCGUCGCCGCGUGCGCCGCACGCCACGCAGCCCGUGCCGGCGCCACCCGUGCAGCCCAAGCCCAAGCUUCAGACGUACGGGCAGUUGUACUCGGCCCGGCACUCGGUCGAACCCGACACGGGUGUAUUCGCGGCCAUGGCAGCCGGGCAGCCUGCCAUCGCGGCCCGAGUGGCCAGCCGUGUCAACCUGGCUGAAAUGGAUGCCGGCGACGGCGCCGGCGACGGCGACGGCGGCGCCAGCCCGCGCCCGCAUGCUCCGCACAGCGCCAGCCCUUCCCCGCACGGCGGGCACCACGCGGGCGGUGGCAUGUCGCCGCACCUGCGGCGGGAGCACAGCCAUGAGACGUACACAGAGCUGGAGAGGGCGAGGCACGGCUCGGCGGCUCUGUUGCCGCACGAUGCCGACGGCGCCGAGUACUCGGAUCAGCGGGCGGGGGCGGCGGGGUACGAGCAGCAGGAGGAGGACGAGGAGCGGGAACGCGAGCAGGCGCGGGAGCGGGAAGAAGAGGAGGUGGACUUGAUAGCACGGGCGGAGGCGGAAGCGAUGCAGCUGGGGCUGCUGUCAGGCGGCGCGGGUGCUGCGGUGGCAGCGAUGGCGGCGCAGCGCGCCGCGGCGGCGGCGGCCGAGGGCGGUGAGGAGGAGAGCUUGGAGGCGAUCAUGGCGAUGGGCCGACGGCCGAGCGAUGAUGCCGAUGUGGUGCUCGGUGGCCGCGGCGCAGCAGGAGCAGCUGGGAAAAACGGGCGGCAACAGGCGCAGGAGGCGGAGCCGGAGCCGGAGAGUAUGGAGGAGCGGGCGCGCAAGGAGGCUGAGCGGCGGCUGCGCAAGGCUGCGAAGCAAGAGUUGAAGGCGGCACAGCGAGCUGCCAAGGCGGAGCGGCGGCGGGCGCUGGCGGCGGUGGUUGCGCCGUACAGCAGCGAAGGAGACCGCGGCGGCGCCGAGAGCGACUCCAGCUCCUCAUCUUCCUCUUCAUCUUCGUCUUCGGGGUCGUUGAGGUCGCGAGCAUCGGCUAGAUCGGGCGUCAUUGUCUCUCAGCUAGACAUGGCAGCUGUUGAGAGCCGCCGCGCCGCCGACGGCUUGGAACACGGCGCCUUCGAGUCCCCCAAAGGCGCCGCCGCCGCCGCCGCGGCGGCGGCGGCCGCGGCGGCAGGCGGCGCGUACCAGUCGUACGGUGACGAUGAGGAGGAGUACGGUCGUAUCGCCGUCAACCCCGCCGCAGCCGCGCUGCUGGCUGGCGGCGGCGGCGUCAUUGGCGGCGCCGGCGACUCGGAUAGCGCCGCCGUGCCUAGCUACCUGCUGACUACGCCGCCAGGGAUGUCUGGGUUUGGCAGCCUAGGCGAGGUGCGCAGGUCGGAUGGCAUGGCAUUUCAGCCGGUGCCCGGUGCCGAGUACCCGCCGUCCAUUGCGCCUAGCGCCUCGUCGGAUACCUCCAGCCUGCCCGUCACGGCCGACGCGCCGGCGGCGGCGCUGGGCGGCAGCUUUGGCAGCAGCCGCGUUGGCGGCAGCCCAGAUAUGUACGCACGCGUGGCGGGCGGCAUGGUGGCGGCGGCGGCAGGAGGAGCGGCGGCGGCACGGGCGGCGCAGGGCAGCAGCGGCGGGGGUGGAGGGGGUGGAGGUGCGGGCGGUGUUGGGGAUAGCAUCGAUGAGUCGGGCUUCAUGGCAGCGCGCGACGAGCGUAGUCGCAAGAUUGCGGCUCAGCUGGCGGCGCUGCAGGAGGAGAGCCGACAGCUGCAGCAGCAGUCGGCGAUCCUGCACGAGCGCACUCGCGAGAUCAGCCGCACCGUUGGCCUGCCCACGCCACCACAACCCGGCACACGAGCGCACGCGGCACCGGCAGCGGGGGCGGCGGGGGCGGGGGCGGGGGCGGCUCCGUCGCCUGCUCAAGCGGCUCCGCAGCUGCCAGCGCUUGCACCGCACCCGCUCGCCUCCGGCUCGCCACCGCCGCCUGCGGCAGCCGCAGCCGCAGCCGGCCACCCGCCCUUGGAGCGCUCAGACACUGACGUCAGCCUUGGCGGCGGAGGCUUGGGCAUCGGCAGCACAGGUAGCGCUGGCGGCAGCACCGCCGGUCUGGCAGCGGUGCCGGUGGAGACGUCGGCAGCGUCAAUGGCGGCGGCGCGCGGCGCGCCCAUUAACUGGGCCUUGCCAAAUAAGAACCUGCGAAUGCCCGGUUCUUCGCAGUCGCCGGCGCGCAUGUUUCCCUCGCCGCCCAAGGGCGCCCGCCGCGCCGCCGGCGGCGGGCCGCUGCCGGUGCUGGAGCGGGAAGGCAGCUUCAACAGCCUGGCAGCAGAGCCGAUGUUGCCUAAUUGGGCGGAGCAGCUGGAGUCCCCCGUGGCGAGCCCCAUGCGCUGGGGCAGUCCGGAGAAGAAACGGACAAUCGCGGCGGUGCCGCCCGCGGCGGCGGCAGCGGCGGCGCAGGCGCACGUGGCGCAAGCGGCGCAGCAGCAGCAGCAGCAGGAGCCGCAGGCGCAGCCGCAGCCGCUGAUCUCGUACGCACCGCGCGGGCCACCCGGGAGCAGCAUGGGGGUGAAUACGGUCGCGGCCGGUGCCGGGCGCACGCUGGGGCACAGUAAGAGCCGGCUGGGCGGCGGCAGUGGCACUAGUGGCGUGGCGCCUCACCCCCAGCAGCAACAACUGCAACAACAGCAACAACAACAGCAGCAACAACAUCAGCAGCACCAGCAGCAGCAGCAAAUGCAGCAUCAGGCCUCUUAUGGGUCGUCGAUGCAACAGCCGCAACAGCAACCGACGCAACAGCAGUUGCAAGGCGCGGGGCUGGUUGCGUCGGUGCAGCCGCUGCAUCCGCACUCGCAUCCUCCGCCGCCACUCCACAACCCGCAAUACCUUCAUCAGCACCACUCUGCCAACGCCCACAACGCCCCGGCCCCCCACCGCCCACCGCCGCACUUGCAACAACAGCAACAGCCACCACAGCAGCAACAGCCACCGCCACAGCUGUUCAUGCCGCAGGGUAUGCCACAGCAGUAUGGGGGAAUGGCCUUGUCGCCAGGCGCAGUGGCGCUAGCGCCCCAAAUGGGCUGGAUGGCGCCAGCGCAGAUGCAACCUACACCGGGCAUGGGCCCAGGCGAACCAGGCAUGUCGAUGGUGAUGGGCGCAGGCGCAGGGCCAGGGCAAGCUGCAGGAGCUACAGGGGCAGGAGGCGGUGGAGGAGGCGCCAAGCGAGCGGGCGCGGUGGGCGGAGCGCGCGGCAACGCUGCCGCAGGCAAGGUGAAAGCGGCGGGCGCGGGAGCUGGAGCUGGUGCUGGCGGCGGAGGCGGAGGAGGUGGUGGACUGCCGCCGCCGGGGCCUGGCAUGCCGUGGAUGGCAGGGGGCGGCGCGGCGCCUGCGGGUGGGCCCGUGAUGCCGUCGCUGCUGGGACAGAUGAUGCCGCCGCCAUACGGUGGCAUGAUGGCGGCUCCCAUGGGCUCCUGGAUGGGUGUGCCGCCAGGCCAAACUGGCGCCGCGGGCGCAGGUGCCGCCGCCGGCGGCGGCGGCGGCGGCGGCGGGCCGCGGCGCGGUAGCGAUUCCCAGAUCAGCCCAGGACGCGGCCGCAACCCAGGCUUGGGCAGGCGAGACGACGCCAAUGCAAAUGGCGGCGGCGGCGGCGGGCACGGCGGCGGCGGCGGGCACGGCGGCGGCGGCAGCAGUGCCUCCUACUCAGGCGUUGGCGGCGGAGCCAUGAUGCCGCCACCGUACGGCGCAAUGGGCGGCAUGGGGCCGAUGAUGGGGCCCAGCGCUUUCAUGGCGGCGCCGGGGUUCCCCGGAUUGAGCCCGAUGAUGGUCGGAGGGGCUGGGCCCGGCGGCAUGAUGGGCAUAGGCAUGGGAAUGGGCAUGCCAUUCGCAAAUGGCGGCGGCGGCGGCGGCGGUGAGGGUAUGCUGCCGCCGGUGCAGGCGCCACGCGGCAAGGGCAAGAUGAGUCGAAGCGCGCCGCCGGGGUCGUACCAUGCUGGCCGCGCCGCCGCCGGCGGCGGCGGCGGCGCUGGUGGCGGCGGCGGCGGCGGCUACGACAUGGCAGUCGGCGGCGGCGCGCCGCCAGGCAUGGGUCCCAUGAGCGCAAUGGGACCCAUGGGCCCGAUGGGCAUGGGCGGGCCGUGGGCUGGGCCCGGCGGGAUGGGGUACGGCAUGGGAAUGCCACCUAUGGCCGGGUUUGGCGGCUUCGGCGGCGCUGGCAUGGGAGGCGGCAUGGGAGGCGGCAUGGGAGGCGGCAUGGGAGGUGGCAUGGGAGGCGGCAUGGGAGGCGGCGUGGGAGGCGGCAUGGACCCAAGAGGCGCCAUGGCGCAGCGGGCCGCCGCCAUUGCGGCGCAGCAGAUGGAGCGGUAUCGGGACCUUGAGGCUGUGCUGAUGGGCCGGCUGGACCGGCAGCAGCAGGCGGCAGGUGGGGCAGCAGGCGGGGCAGGUGGCGCGGGGGCGGGGGCGGGCAAGGCACGCGGCGACAAGCCGAAGCGGCUCAACUCGCACGAUGGCCGUCCUGUGUUCCGGCUGUUUUGAGCGCUAUGCUGCUUGGGGCACUGUGUGUAUGUGUGUGUGUGUGUGUGUGUGUGUGUGUGUGUGUGUGUGUGUGUGUGUGUGUGUGUGUGUGUGUGUGUGUGUGUGUGUGUGUGUGUGUGUGUGUGUGUGUGUGUGUGUGUGUGUGUGUGUGUGUGUGUGUGUGUGUGUGUGUGUGUGUGUGUGUGUGUGUGUGUGUGUGUGUGUAUGUGUGUGUGUGUGUGUGUGUGUGUGUGUGCGUGUGUGUGUGUGUGUGUAUGUGUGUGUGUGUAUGUGUGUGUGUGUGUGUGUGUGUGUGUGUGUGUGUGUGUGUGUGUGUGUGUGUGUGUGUGUGUGUGUGUGUGUGUGUGUGUGUGUGUGUGUGUGUGUGUGUGUGUGUGUGUGUGUUUGUGAGUGUGUGUCAGUGUGAGUGCGAGAGGGGCUCCGCUGGCUCGGCUUGGACAUGACGGCGCGUUUGUUUGUACCUAUACGUGACGGGCUUGAUGCGGGACAAGAAGGGUUGCUCCCCGGCUGACCAGACUGCGGGUUGUGCAUACGCGUGCAUGGGGCAGGUUGAUGGAGCUGUGUGGAAGCAAAUUAAAGCACGCAUGGAUACUUGCAUGGAUACGGCCCUGGGGGGAAUGGCGUUGUUGGGCGCAAGAGAGUUGCCACCAGGGGAGGGUGCCACACACUGCACUAGGGGAGGGUGCCACACACUGCUGCAAAGCUGGGGAGGGGCUCAGGAGGACACGUUGAAAGCAGAUCUCGUGGACAGCAGGGGACAGCCUCAUCAGGAAUUUAGGAAUUAGAAAGCUGUGACGGUAAUGUAAAUGUUUUGUUGGGUUUAUCAACACUUUGCCUAAAAACAUGAGAGGCUUUCGCCCCAUCGAGGCGGUUGUGGCACACUUGAGCGGCGGUUGUGACCUGCGAUGGGCGUUGACCGGCGCUGACCGCGGCUCAAGUGUGCCAGCCUCAGCGCAGGAGCCUGCACAUGAGCCCGAACUCCCUAAUACGGUAUUAGCAGCCGUCAAAAUCACAAAUGCUCAAAUCCAAUACCUCAUGGCAUGUACAAGAGGCUUCGACGACCUGCGACAUCCGACAGUGAGCAAUCCAGUUCUCGCCCUUGGCAAGAGGGGGGGCUGUUGGUUUGCCGGAGCUUCACCCCAUGUUUAAAGUUUAAGGAGCUUCAGAUA